AUGUUCACCGACUCCGCCGCGCGCACCUCACUCGCCUUUGAGGACGCCCUCCCUGACGAACCGCAGCUCAACGUCAAGCGACGCGAAAUAUGCCAGGCCUUUCAGCACGGCAAGUGCCGCCACGGCGCGGCCUGCCCAGAGCGGCAUGUUAUCUCGCAGUUCAAGACGAUGCGUCUGGAGGUGUGUCAGCACUGGCUGCGUGGUGCCUGCGUCAAUGGUGAGAACUGUCUGUACCUGCACGAGUAUGAUGACCGGUAUGUGCCGGUGUGUGCUUUCUACCAGCGCCUAGGCGACUGCACGAACCCGGAGUGUCCCUUUCAGCACGUCAUAAAGGUGGAGAAGCAACCGGAGUGUGCCGCUUACCGCCGUGGUUUCUGUCCACUUGGGCUGCAGUGCCAUCUCCGACACGUGUUUCGCCCGGCAUGCCCGUUCUACAUGGCGGGUUUUUGCCCACUAGGCCCAAGGUGCACCAUGGGGCAUCCCAUUCAAGAGCUGUACAACCGUAAUAGUGUGUCGGAGCGCCUGCGACAACGCAUGCUGAUUGAGCGCGCGGAUGACCCAACCUUCAAUAAGAACGCCACGUGCUACCGUUGCUUUGACCCUGGUCACUUGUCCCCAAACUGUCCAGGCGUGCAGAGCGGCCUCCUUCGACAGAUGCUCAUGACAGUGCAGGAGCCAGGAGAGCAGCUUUAUUUUCAGAGCGACGGGCGGUCUUCACGCAAGUGUUGUUUCUUUUGCGGAGAGGAGGGUCAUGAGGUGCGGGAUUGCCCGAAGAAGCCAAAGAGUCAUCAGUGGCACGGCAACAGGCGUUCAUAG